GGCUAGUCUCUUUCAAAGCUGCAGAAGCGUGCACAAGGAGCUGAGAGGGCAAAUGGCAAGCACCGCGCCGCUGAUGCUCCUCUUCCGCGUGCUCCUCGCGGGGCUGGCGCCGACCACCGCGGGCGCCGUAGACGAGGGGACGCUCGGCGGAGAGGGACCCGCCGCUGGGACUCCGUGCGAGCUCAAGAGCGUUACCGUCUCCACGCUGCCCGUGCUCCGGGAGAACGAGUUCAGCUUCACCGGUGUAAGCGCCUCCGGGAGCUCGGUCGGAGGAGGCGGAGGGGGCGCCUCUGCCGGAGCAGGUGGCACCGCCGGAGGAGGAGGUGGGGAAUCGCGGCUCCUGUUAUUCGUCAGGACGGAUCUACCUGGGCGGAUUUCCGUAAUGGAUGAUCUCGACAACACGGCUCUGCCUUACUUCGCACUCGAGAUGUCGGGCAGGGGGGAAGACAUUGCCCAGGUGCACUGGAAGCAGCAGUGGCUGGAGAACGGGACACUUUACUUCCACGUCUCCAUGACGGAGUCAGAAACAGCGGACCAGACCACACAGGCCUCUGCACGGGAGCCAGUAUACGUCACACAUGAACACAUGCAUCUGUUGCACAUCUCGGUAAUGGGUGGCCUCAUUGCCCUGCUACUGCUUAUACUCCUCUUCACCCUGGUGCUGUACACCCGUCACCGAUGGUGCAAGCGCCGCAGGAUCCCACAAAAGAGCGCCAGCACCGAGGCCACCCAUGAGAUCCACUACAUCCCCUCAGUACUGCUUGGACCCCAGGGCCGGGACAGCUACCGGGGCUCACGGAGCACCCACCAGCACGGCAGCUCCGUCAUCGGCGUGCCUAUCCGAGAGACGCCAAUCCUCGACGAUUACGACUGUGACGACGAGGACCCGGUGGGACGCUCGUUGAACUCCACUCCCAACCAGCUGCACAACAAAGUGAACGACGGGACGAUCCAGAAGGACUAUGGAAUCGGCAUCAACUAUGGCGAACCCACUGAUAUUAAGGAGGAUGAUCUCACGCAUUCUUUUCACAAACGAAACACUGACCCAAGCAGAGAGGCAGUGGAAGAUUUGAUGCAGCGGUUCCAGGAGAGCUUCCGUGUUCCCAAAACACCACCAGACAUUUCUCGCUACCAGCACGUCACCCACAGUUCAUCUACUGGCCGCAGGAGGGUCCCCAGCCACACAAGAGGUUCUGCAGACCUGUUUGGUCCUCAAGGAGAAUCGGGGUCAGAGCCCGAGGAUGACAACCAGAUAAAGUUUUACACCGAGCAGAACAGAGGACGACGGCGCAGCAAAGGCCAACCACACAGCCCUCUAAACAAGGUCACCCUGACGCUGAUUACCAUCAGCACCUGUGUCGUUGCCAUUGUCUACGCCACGCAGGAUUCCUGCCCACUCACGGUCAAGGUCACGCUCCAUGUACCUGAACACUUUGUCGCAGAUGGAAGUAGCUUCGUCAUUGGUACGGGCAGCUCCUUGGAUGUUUCCAACUGGCUCAACCCAGCCAAGCUCAUCCUAUACUAUCAGACCAAUUCAUCGACACAGUGGGUCCGAGACUACUGUGGCCAGAGGACCACAGACCCAUGUGAGCAGAUUUGCGACCAGGAUACAGGAGAAUGCAGCUGUCACGAUGGCUAUUCCCCAGAUCUAGUCCAUACACAUCUCUGUAUUCGAAGUGACUGGGGUCAGAAUGAAGGACCUUGGCCAUACGCUAACUUGGAGAAAGGUUAUGACCUGGUUACAGGCGAACAAUCCCCAGAGAGGAUCUUCAGAUCACUCUACAGUCUGGGCCAAGGCGUGUGGCUGCCGGUCAGCAAGAGCUUUGUGAUGCCGCCGGUGGAGCUGUCCAUUAAUCCCAUUGCCAGCUGUAAAACAGACGUGCUGGUGACCGAAGACCCGGGAGAAGUCAGGGACGAAGCCAUGAUGUCUACAUAUUUUGAGACAGUUGAGGACUUGCUAGCGUCUUUUGGCCCUGUCCGUGACUGCUCUACAGACAACGGAGGCUGUAAGAAGAAUUUCAAGUGCGUUUCGGACCGACAGUUGGACUCAUCUGGCUGCAUGUGUCCUAAUGGGCUGAGGCCGAUGAAGGAUGGCGCCGGUUGCUAUGACUACUCCAGGGGCAUCGACUGCACGGACGGCUUUAACGGAGGAUGUGAACAGCUAUGUCACCAGCAGAUUGUGCCCCUCGAAGAUGAGCCCGGGUCCAGCAACGUGCUCAUGUACUGCGGUUGUGUGCAGGAGUACAAACUGGCGGCAGAUGGUCGUUCGUGUCUGUUGCAGUCCGACAACUGCGAGGGUCCAAAGUGUCCACGGCAGGCAGUCCACUUCAAUGCCACCUUGUUUGGAGAGAUGCUGCGAGGAUACAACAACAAAAGCCAACAAGUCAACCUGGGGCAGAUCUUCCAGAUGACUUUCCGAGAUAACAACUUCGUUAAGGACUUCCCCCAGUUAGCCGACGGCCUCAUGGUUCUCCCGCUGCCAGUGGAGGAGCAGUGCAGAGGCGUGUUGUCUGAACCGCUGCCAAACUUGGACCUCCUCACAGGUGAUGCCAAGUUUAAUGAGGCUUCAGGCUAUCCCAUGGUACAACAGUGGCGAGUGCGGAGCAAUCUAUACAAAGUCAAGCUCAGUUCCAUCACCCUGGCUUCAGGUUUCGCAAAGGUUCUCAAGACGUUGUCGGGUGACAGUACACGUGAGGAGCUGCUGGCGUUCUUGCAGCAAUAUGGCAGUCACUACGUUUCAGAGGCACUGUACGGCUCAGAGCUCAGCUGCACUAUCUACUUCCCCAACAAGAAGGCCCAGCAACAGCUGUGGCUCCAGUACCAGAAAGAGGCAACAGAGCAAGGGGUUGGUGGUGGCGGCGGGCGUCAUGAGCUCAAGUCUAUGCCCUUCAUUAGCUACCUGACAGCCUUGCAGAAGACACAAUUGUUGUCUGAUGAUGCAGUCAAUGGCGUGGAGAUCCGCUGCGAGGAGAAGGGCAGCUGCCCGCUCAGCUGCCACCUGUGUCACCAUCAGGCUGGGGUGCCAGGAGGAGUUGCCGCGAGGGGCCGCAGCAGGGGCGGUGAGCAGCCUUCGCCUGUCCCCGUCCUGUUGGAAGUCAGCCGCGUGGUGCCCCUCUACAGUCUGGUCCAGGACAAUGUCACCAAAGAGGCCUUCAAGAGCGCCACAAUGAGUUCAUACUGGUGUGCCGGAAAGGGCGACGUCAUUGAUAACUGGUGUCGCUGUGACCUGAGUGCCUUCAGCAAAGAUGGCCUGCCUAACUGCAGUCCCCUCAGACAGCCCGUCUUGCGACUAGCCCCUUAUCUGGAGCCCUCAAGCACAAUGGUUGCCUUAGAGUGGCUAGAUGUGGAGCCCCUGAUUGGCUGCAAGGUUUCGGACUACAUUAUUCAACAUAAACGUGUAGAAGACCCCUCUGAGGCAGAGGUCUAUACAGGUGAAGUGUUGAGCCUGUUGGACGAUCUCUUUUCGGGUUUGGGAUCAUCCUGUGUCGUGCCCGGGAAAAGGAGCGGCGAACAUCCACACACACUUCUUUAUUCCAUCGUCUUCAAGUGCCUGGAGCCUGACAGUCUCUACAAGUUCACUCUCUAUGCAGUGGACAGCCGGGGCAGUCACUCUGACUCCAGCUAUGUUUCUGUACGGACGUCCUGCCCAAUGGUUGAUGAUAGCCGAGCAGAAGAGAUCGCAGACAAAGUGUACAACUUGUACAAUGGCUACACAAGUGGCAAGGAACAGCAGCUGGCGUACAACACCUUGAUGGAAAUCCCUCCCCCAUUGCUCUACCGAGUUCAGCACCACUACAAUUCCCUGUAUGAGAAAUUUGGCGACUUUGUGUGGCGCAGCGAGGACGAGCUAGGCCCCAGAAAAGCCAACCUGAUCCUCCGAAGGGUGGAGAAAAUCAGCCGCUAUUGCCGCUCCCUCCUGCGCAGCACUCACAUCCAAAGCCGCACUGAUACCAUGGCCUACGUUUACUGCCGUAGCGACAACGGCCGAACACCUGACGGCAGCACCGUGUGGAGCAGCUCUUUACACGAAGGCCGCACCGCCUGCACAGAGAAGCUGAUUUCUGUCCAGCGCAAUACGUACAGCAACACCAAACUCCGGUGAGACACGAGAACAGAGAUAUGCUUGCGUGUCGUGACGUCACUGACUGAGGCAUCAGCAACAGGUGCACGGAAAACAACAAUUAUGAGUGACUUCCCUGAAGCAUGAGACGCGAAAACAUCACGUUGUGCAACAAACGAGAAGAGCAACGUGAACAUGUAGAUACAUGAGGAAGGAUGAUAGAAGAUCAUCCUCAGCCAAUCAAUUGUUGGUUUAAAUAUGUUGAAUGUAACAUUGUCCGUUGCUUUGUUCAUACUUCUGGAAGCGCUUAACUCAUUAUCUGCCAUUUGUGGCAAUAGACAAACCACAGUUAUAUUAAAAAUGAUCUGUUUUUACAUUGACCACAUAGUAGCUAUGGUGUAUUAGCAUUAGCAAAAAUUCAGGAAACGGAUUAACAACCUUUUUAUUGUUAAAACAACAUUGAAAUUAUUUAAUAUUAACCAAUUGACUGCCAUUGACAAAUUCUAACCCUCCCAGUUCAAAUAGAUUGGACGUCUAUCAUUGUCAGUGGCAGCCAAUGAGUUAAAAAAAAAUAUUGCAAUGGCUAAAAUGUUUUAAUUCAGCAAGGACAUGCCAACUGUGCCACUCAUUUGUACCUUAAGUGGUCAGAUGCUGAAAAAAAAGGUUUAUCAAGAACAAUUGCUUACAAACAUGUUCAUCUUACACUAGUGGGAUUAAUUUAGAAAAGCUCACUGGAAUUUAAUGUCUGAUACACAAUGACAGCUAUUGUGCGCAGGGAUAUUUUUGUCCCUCGUGGUGAGCAUGUGGGGUAGCCAUGACGAGACGUUGCUCAUAGGCGAAUCUGCUCUCCAUAGAAAUACCGUUCCAAUAUUUGAACUAUCAUGCCUAGGGUUGGGCAUCAAGCAUCGGUGGGAUCCGGGACUAACACUCUGAUGAUCCCGUUCGAACUUUGAAAAUUUCAUUUCGGUGCCCUGACCGCCGAUCGGGAUAAAAUAGCUGCCGAACACUACGAAGAAGAAGCCACAAGAAGCGUGUGUUUUUGCAUUGCAACUUGAUUUCAACCAUGGACACGAUGCGGCUGCGCUCAAAAGUUUGGCUCAACUUCACAAAGAAAAAUGACCAGUCAUCUCAGUGCAACAUUUGCAACACUGCUAUAUUGGCAAAGGUUGCUGCACAACAAAUAUGAUUAAACACCUCAGAUUCAUGUGCCAAUUAGUGCAUAGCUGAGUGCCGCGUAUUUGACACACUGCACUAGUCCUCUAACCAGUCGGAACCAGGUAGGUAAAACAAUAAAUUACGUCUGUCUUCUGCUGCCCCCGCAACCCGACCCCGGAUUAAGCGGUAGAUGAUGAAUAGCUGUCUGGAAUAGUAUGAGAAUAAGUCGUAUUAUUACAUCGGGCAAAUAUAGCUACAGUAUAUAAGCAGCUACGAACUGCUCGUUGCCGCCUCCGUUAAAAUCAACAGUAUUAAAAGCAUCUUUUGGUUUAGAAUCGCUUUUACAAAUAAGAAAAUCCGCAUUAUUUUACCUCAUCUACAUCAAAUUAUAAUCAAUAGAAGAAUUUAUACUGAAUUUUCGUCGUAGCUCUGAGCUAAAGUACAUGUAUGUACUAGUAAAGUGCGUAGCGGCUCACAGCUACCUUACCCCUAUGUAAAAUUUGCAACUUUUUCUCGCUUCCUCAUAUUUAUGCAUUCAAGCUUUAUCUACACCCAGUGAACAUGUGUUCUCCACUGCAGGAGACACUAUCCGUCCAGAAAGCUCACAAUUAUUGCCAGAGAAGGCAGAUAUGAUCAUUUUCCUCAACAAAAACUGUUUCUAAUGUUUAUGUAUACUGUACCCACUGCUAAUCUGGAAUGGGUUUUUUUACAAGUUGUUUUUAUGUUUGUUGGUUUCAUAUUCUGCACCACGUUAGCCCAUAAGACACUCUAAAACAUAGCCAAAAGAAUAUGUGUAAAUGUUUUCUCUGUGGGCUUUUGAAAAAUAAACAUCUUUGUGAAAGUGCACUCCUGUAGAAAGAAACUUCAUCAUAUUCAAGUCCUAAGAUUAUAUACAAGUUAAAAAUAGCCUUGUGAGAAAUUCAUAGUUAAUUGAAAGUUUAUCUUCUUAAUCGAGAAGUUAAGAAAUGAAUAUAAACUAUGCAAUUUUUUUUACCCUGCCUAUUAAAAAAAAUCGGAAUCAAGAAUCGUUUAGAACCGAAAUCGAAACGCGGACUCUGAAUCGGAACCGUUCAAAUUCAAACAAUGCUCAACCCUAAUCAUGGCAGAAUGCAGAAUAUAUGGAGUUUUUAAUGAUUUGUGAUUUAUGUCUGUGUUUAGCAUGGAGCUUGUUAAUAAUUAAGGAAAAAAAAUUCUAUAGGAUUUGGAGAGAAAAUAUUACAUUGUAAAUUUGAAGUCAAUUUUUUGAACCUUUUUUUUUUUCUUAAUCUAAUUUCUCCCAAAGCCAAGAGCUCUUACUGCUUUGAAUGUAGUGUUUACAGAAAUGUAUGUCCAUGUUUUAUUGUCUUGUCGCAGGAACUUAUUUAUGAACUUUAAAGUGUUUUAACUGUCCGUACAAUUUCCUACAUUUUUUUUUUACCACAGGUAUAAACUGCCCAAAGCAGAAAAAUACUUAUUUGUAAAAUCUAGGAAUCAAUCACUCUUUCCUUCUGUGUUUAUUUAUUUUUUUACCUAGACAAUGCCUUUAUUUCUAUUUCGGGUAUUACAUCUCAUGUUAUAUAAAUUGUAAAAUUAAAUUAUAUAUUACAUUGUACACUUGUAUAAAGCUGUAUUAUGUGGAUUUAUUGUCAUUUUAUUCUCAAGAAUGUGUAAUAUUAAAAAAAAAAAAAAAAAAAAUGUAGAUACAGAAAAAUGCAUUGUUUUUUGAUAAAUGUAAUCUAAUUUACCUGGGGGGGGGGAUGAAAAAAAAAAGGCCAGAGGUGUGUACUCGAGUCAUGUGACUUGGAGUCAAGUAAGACUUGAAGUCAGAUAAAAGACUUGCAACAUCUUUUGAAUUUGAACAACGACUCAUGAUUAUAGACUUGAACACCUUUGACUCGUAGAGACUGGCUUGUUCCACCAAAACACAAAAGUUUAAAAUGAAUACAAAUACAAUGGGAUAAUCAUAAUUCAUCUAUCAGGCAUGAAAAUCACUCACCUUUCGGUGAAAUUCGCUGUUUCGAAGUCAAAAAGCGUGACCUACGUGAAUUGUGUAGAUCCGAGGAGAAAAUGUUGAGGGGCGGGGGUCGUAAAUCCAUCUAACUAAGGACAUGUUUUAUUGAAGUUAAUAAGCCUGUCGCGAUAAACUACGAGUCCAUUUAUCCCAAGGUAAAUAAAAAUGAGGGCGGUCAUUUUCACAGCUGCGUCUUAUCACCGCGUGCGUGCAUACAUUUGUGCGUGCGUGUAGAUGACAUAUGAGACUCCAUUUGUGUCCAGAUGUUUAUUGGUCAACAACACGCAGUAGAAUUACAGUUCACACAUACAAAAUAAGGAAACACAUCUAUAUUAAACACUGUAAACAUUAGCAUUGCUACAUUGAGACUAAUGGGGAAAAAAGACAACUUACUUUAGCCUGCUAUAAAACAUUGGCAGACUUUUCCAAAACGAAGGUGACACUUCAAACAUGAAAAAUCGCAGGUUAACAGCAUUUGCAAAAAAAAAAAAUGAAAAGAAAAAAAAAAUCUUUUAGUGACACCACAAGCAAUGACGAAAAGUUCUUUUUGUGGAGUGUAAAGUUGUUACCGGUUUAGCGAACGUACAUCCGGUAAACAUUUCAAAAUAAAAGCGCGUCACGUUUGUCAUAUAAAUAACGAUUUCUGGAGUUAUUCCCACAUACUUCAGAAUUAAUACUAUAAUAUGUAAAUACUAUAAUACUACAGAAUUCAGAUUUUACACUAAGAAUAACU